AUGGCGAGGCCUCUGCUCAAACCAGCAAUCGUCAGUGUGGAAAGAGUCCAGAUAGAUAGAAGUAAGUUUGGACCACAGCCAGGAGUCGGGAGUGAGGUGGCCUCCCCACCUUCAUCGGCUGACCAAUACGAGGAAGCGUUGUCUGAAACCCCUGUGACAAGGUCCAGGGGAACGAAGACGGAUAAGGAAAAACAAAACAUGGAUAUAGAAUUUGUGUCUACCUUCCAGAUUGAGGAAUCAUCCAGGCCCUCGACGUCUAGGGAGAGUGAUUUGGAGAUCGUCUCGGUAGAGGCAGGACCAAGAUCCAGGAGUGGAUCCACCUCAUCGGUCUCCUCGGGAAGAAUAAGACCACCCCCCAUAAAGAAGGGGCAAAAGAGAAAGAAGGCACUGGAGUCGCCAGAGGCAAAUAUAGAAGAGGACGAAGAGAGAACACAUUUCUCGGAUACUCAGAGGAGGGAAGUUGAUAGAAGACUGGAGGAUAUCGAGCUUCUUUCAUCCGCAGAUAUGGCUGUAAGAGCCAUCGAAUGGCUAACGGAGACAGAAAGGUUGAGAAACAAGUCCAAGAAUAUAAAGAGGUCUUUUACAAGAAAGAUGAAAAUAAAUGUAGGCGCCACAACAGAAAUCGUUAAGGUACUUGCAAUGAGAGCGUCCCAAGAGGGAGAUGUUAGCUUUCUCAGGACAAGAAUCAUCGACAUGCAAAAAGAAUUGAACGACAUGAGAGAGGAGAACCAAAAUCUCAAGCUCCAAAUGGAAGAGCUCCGACGCGGAGCGAACAUGAGGAAGAGCCCAACCAGAAGCGACGAACCGAGAACCGAGGAUCUUCAGGGACGUGUAGCCCUGUCACCUGACCCUCCACUUGGGAUGGAGGUGGAUAUAAGCCCGGAUACGGUUACAAGACGUUACCCCGAGAGGGGUGCCCGUGGCGAACCGAAAAGAGGAACCCCGCAUCUCUCCUCAAGGAAGCCUUCGGACCAGAUGGGGGAGGACUUUUUUGAGAAGCUCAAUACUACGAUUAGCAAUGCUGUGGUUAACUCAUUCAGAUCUUUAAUGACUAAUGGAGUUCUGGGAGAGGAGUUGCGCGCCAGAGAACAAAAUGUUGCUGAACAGAUUAGAGCUCGUGAGGAGAGGGGCUGCGGUUCAUCCUCUAUGGCGGCUGAGCCCCACACCAUAGAAACGGUGGACGAUGGACUUAGACAGAAGUGGACAGAGACUACCGGGAAUCAAAGAAGAGGCAGCCGCCGAACACGUGGAAAGAGAGCUACUGCUCAGAUAAUGGAUGAGAGGAUGCUAACAGAUGAACUUGGCAACCGAGCGGAAUAUCCCCCGCUCCCUGCUGCGAGAAACGGAGGCGCCCAGCUGGCCCCUGAGAUCGUACAAACACCACAAAGGGAGAGAGAAGUGAGCGGCGAAAUGGAUCAAACGAGGGGAGCCAGAAAGAUCGCAAGGUUACCGCGAGUACGAGCUCUGCGUUCUUCGGCGAUCACGAUUUCCAGCCCGGAGGGGGGUCCGACGUAUUCAGAAAUAAUAAGGAAAGCCCGUAACGAGAUUACUUUGGAAGAAAUAGGGAUCAAAGAAACUAGAAUGAGGAGUACGGUCGCGGGAGGUGUGUUAAUUGAGAUCCCAGGUGAAAACACCUCACCAGCCGCGGACACCCUGGCUAGGAAACUGAGGGAUGCAUUCCAGGAGACGAACAUCCUGAUUAAAAGACCCAUGUUAAGAGGCGAGAUUAGACUAACGGGCCUUGAUGCAUCAGUGACGACGGACGAAUUGAUAGAGACACUGGCUAAAGCUGGUGAGUGCGAUUCCACGAAUGUUCGAUUGGGUUCCUUUAGAAUAGCCAGGAACGGACAGAGGACGGUAUGGCUGCAAUGCCCCUUGUACUCGGCGCACAGGCUGGCCGAGUCUGGCAGACUCCGGGUAGGAUGGUCCACCGCGCUGGUGACGUUACUCAGGAGGCGACCGUUGCAGUGCUUCAAGUGCUUCGCAACGGGCCAUGUAAGAGACAGGUGUCCGAGCGGGGUGGACAGGUCGGACAAAUGCUUCAACUGUGGUGAACCAGGACACACGGCAAGGGACUGUGGUAGACCCCCGUGCUGUCCCAUAUGUAAGGAAAAAGGAUUGAGACACGACCACAGAGCGGGAUCGGAGGUAUGUCCACCAUGCCCUCCAAGAAGAGAUCAGCGGGGAAGCCCGCGAAGAACGGAGGCUCGGGCCAAUCGGAGUGGGGCCGAAACGACGAGAACAGAAUAG